AUGACGACUAUAUCUCCACCAUCUUACGAGGAAACCCUCGCCGAGGCCAAACGCUUGCUAGCCCAACCUCUCACCGCCGACGAAAAAAUCGAAUUCGCCAAAGAAGCCAUAAAGGUCCUCGAAGACGACGAGCAGGUCGAGCAAUUUGAAAAGGACAUCGAGAAUGUUGGUACAGCUGCUAUUCAGAUUGACCAAGCCUUUGACCGUGUCAAUCGCGGCUUCAAAGACAUGGUCGACAAUCGCGGCCGCGAUUUCCCAGAGCUUGCCGGCUACAAAAAGGAAUGGGAAAGCUAUAAGGAGCGCUGGGUCAAGUACCUGUGGGACUCCCGGGAUGUAGCAUCCGAAAUGAGUGCAACCCUCAAACGAUAUGACCAAGUCUUUCUUGACUUGAUUGAAAAUAUAAAGACUGAUAAGGACCGCGAGGACAUAAUCCAGGAGCUUGCACAGUUCAGCGGAGAAAAACACGGAACUGCAGCGCAAAUGGCGAUCAAUUUCAGGAACCUCGAAAUGGAUGUCAGACAUUUUGGCGAGAGAUUUGAAGCAUACCUAGAACAGAAAAAGGUGGAACUCGACCAACUAGCGACAGAUUUGAAAGUCACGAUCGAUAAACUUCAAGGACAGAUUUCAACCUGGAAUGAGAAGGCAUGUUUUCCGUCCUUUUAA